CUGCUAUCGGAGGAACUAAGCACCAGUGGUUGUCCAGUCCGUGUUGACGACCACAGUGAUGUCCUCCAAUCUCCCAGCACUGAACUGACCCUCCAAACUCCAGACCAUGCUGCAGCUCAAAGUGUUGACGACGUCCCUACAGCCUGUGCCACGUCCGACUGUAGUGAGGAUGAUGUCCUUCAAGCUGCAGUGCCAUCAGUUCCUCAGGAGAAGGAGAAAACAAUUUUCGUCAUCAAUUCACGCCAAUAUGAAGUUGGUGAUGAGCUCGGUGAAGGAGGUUUUGGAACCGUCUAUGCAGCGACUCGUUUGGAUGAUGGACUUCAGGUUGCAGUGAAAUACUGCUCGAUGUUCGACACAACGUUCAUCCGCAUUGAUGGUUUUGCUCAACCACUUCCAAUAGAAAUUGUUCUUCAAACCCUUGUGAAUCAAGGCCCAAGGGUUCCUGAAAUUAUUGAGCUUCUGGACUGGAAGGUGGAACGUGACUUCUACUGCAUGGUCCUGGAACGGCCCAUACCCUGUCAGCCCUUGAACGAUUUCAUAGAAAGCUAUGUUGGGCCCAUUGAUGAAGAUGACAUACGGUUCAUCAUGAAACAGGUCGUAUUCGCAGCUCAAACUUGCUGCCAAAGAAAAGUGUUACACCGAGAUAUCAAGCUGGAGAACCUUCUGAUCAACCCGGACACCCUUGAGGUCAAAUUGAUUGACUUCGGGUGCGGGGAUAUCCUCGAAGAUGAGGCUUACACAGACUAUUCUGGCACAGCGGAGUAUCGUCCUCCUGAGUUUCUGGAGACUGGCAAAUACCACGGAGAACCAGCGACAGUGUGGUCUCUCGGAAUAGUCUUGUUUGUAAUGCUUUUCUGGAAGUUUCCAACAAGACGAGAACUGAAUACGAUCAUGAAUAAAGACAUAGAAGGCCUGUCAGAAGGUGAGAUCUUCAUUUCAGCACAGAACAGUUGUAAUUUGAAUUACCAAAAAAUAAAUUUCAAGGUGAUCAUGUCUCUCUCUUCUUUCUGCACAGAAUGCUGCGAUUUUAUGCGCUGUUGUCUCAAGAUAGACCCCAGAGAGCGGAUUAAACUGGAGCGACUCAACCGCCACAGCUGGAUUAAGGUAAAUACAUGUUAAUGAGUUUAAUAUUUUUGAUUUGAUAAGUUAGUAGACAAUACGCAUUAGAUUUACAGUUUUAUGUAAAGCUGUAUAGUCAGUCCUAAUACACUAUUUUAUAUUCAUUCUUCAUGUUCUUUUAUGUCCACUUUCUUUACUUUAGGCAUGUUGCCUAUAUUUG